AUUGGCCAGCAGUUGUGAGUCUCACCGCUGAUUGGUCGCCGUUCACGUCCAUUGCAUAGCGGGUAUAUUUAGCUGAUUGCAUUACUGGAAUCGGAUUUAUCCGCAGUCCAACUGGAUAUUCUGGUCGUUUUCCACCCUGCGGUUCCGUUCUUACCCGAACCUGAGGGGCAGUCUGCAUUUCUGCCGGCGAAGCUGAGGUUAACGGUCCAGAAGGUUCUGGGACCAUCGGUGGAUCCGUGACAUGUCUUCAGACGAAGACCGGGCCAAGGAGAUCCUCAAGGGCUUCAAGCUAAACUGGAUGAACCUCCGCGAUGCGGAGACGGGAAAGAUUUUGUGGCAGGGGACUGAGGACCUGUCGGUACCGGGGGUGGAGCAUGAAGCUCGCGUACCAAAGAAGAUCCUAAAGUGCAAAGCGGUGUCCAGAGAACUGAACUUCUCUUCCACGGAGAAGCUGGAGAAGUUCAGGCUGGAGCAGAAAGUUCUCUUCAAAGGACAGUGUCUAGAAGAGUGGUUCUUUGAGUUUGGCUUUGUCAUCCCAAACUCCACCAACACGUGGCAGUCACUAAUCGAAGCUGCUCCAGAAUCACAGAUGAUGCCUGCCAGUGUUCUGACUGGGAACGUGAUCAUAGAGACCAAGUUUUUUGAUGACGAUCUCCACGUUAGCACAUCCCGGGUCCGGCUUUUCUAUGUCUGAGCCCGAACUAGACCUCUGACUGUGCCCUCUAAGUGCUGACGUCCUCCACCGUCACAAACCACCACGGUUAGGUCCAGUUGGCAGCAGUGGUGCUGAUGUGGAGUUGGCACGCUCAGGUCCUCAGUCAACAAAGCGAGCUUCGUGUUUUGGUUGCCCCCCUGUUUUGAGGGCAAUGAGGAGCCGCACUGUUUCCAGCUCCAGGAACCUAUCCCCACAUUUCUCUUCCACCUGAUGGACCAAAAGCCUCCCCUUCACUCCUCUUUUUGCUCCCUGUUGAACCCGUUUGGAGGCUCGGUUGUUCGGGAACAUGACCUCAUGUCAGACCAAUAAAUCUGUGUGUGAACUGCUCCAGAUGUUCAUGGAAAGCUUUCUCUGGACAGCACUGCUCACGGAUUUGGCCACAUCUGACCGAGGAGUAAAAUUUCAGGUGUGUUCAGAUCCUGAUGGUGCUGCAGGUCCGUUUCAAAUCAAACUUCCUCUUGGCUGUGUCCCAUUUCAGAGGUCACCCUCUUUGUUCAGGACCAUCAAGCAUCAGGUGAGGGCAGGUACUCACCUGUGUGCUGAUGGACAGUUUGAAAAGGGCUUUCGUUGGUUUAGUACAGAACCUUUCUUAGCUCAGAGACACAAUGACUGGAUUCGGCGAGCGGCCCCUGAGGUGGGACACAGCAGCUCCGGUCAGUCCAGGUUCAGCUGACAGACUCUCCUAACUGCUGUCCUCCAGAGGAGUCACCAGAUGUUCACCAGCAACCUCAGAGAGCUUUAUGAGUGUCAACUGUGGAGCCUUUCCAAGCUCUGUUCCACUGCAGCACUGAGGCUUGGCUCCAUUUUUCCUGUACAGCGUGAACCCCUGCAGCUUUUUCCUGAACAUCCUCAUAGAUUUUGGAAAUUUCUCACUUUGUUUUUUUUGUUUUUUUUAGCUGCUCUCUGAACCUGUGUGGAAUAGAUUUGUGUUUUACUAUGACAAGAGUUGUGAAUUAAAGUUUAACAAUGUUGUAAUAA